UGCACAGCUUCAGUUUGAUUCACUACCUCUUAUUCAUCGGAUCGCGUUAGUGCUGUUUCACCUUAUUUCAUUAUUCAGAUGUCAUUUGUCGAGUGCAUCGAGAGGCUGUCGAGUUAAUGCCUUGGAUUUAUAUUAUUUUGAAUACUGCUAUUUGUCUGUUGGAAUGCCAUGAGGGUACAAUGGUCGUGGUGACAUCCUCCACUGUUUCGAUUGUCGAGGAUAUCUCCGAGGAUACACUCGGCAGGUUGCGGAUUCGGUACGUGAUGCCGGCGGCGCACCUGACGCUGCGUGAGGAGGACGUGGUGCGUCUAACUCUUGAAUUUCUUCACAGCCGUGAUCUCCAUAUAUCUCAAUUAUCACUGGAGCGUGAAACCGGAGUUAUAAACGGCCAAUACAGCGACGAUGUUCUAUUUUUACGACAAUUAAUUCUCGACGGACAAUGGGACGAUGUGCUGGAGUUUAUUCAGCCACUGGAGGCACUUCCAGACUUUGACAUGCGAAAAUUUACUUAUUCCAUACUUCGACACAAGUACGUCGAGCUACUGUGUAUUAAAUCCGAGGCCAAUGUCAUUACCGGUGCUAAUGGUAAUGUUGACAAUGCCGUUGAGGAAGUGGUUAAAGUACUGAGUGACCUUGAAAAAGUUGCACCCUCGAAAGAGGAGUACAGCAGUUUGUGUUUGCUCCUUACUCUGCCGAGAUUGACUGAUCACUUGCAGUACAAGGAUUGGAAUCCAAGCAAUGCUAGGGUCCAGUGUUUUCGGGAGGUUCAUCCUCUCGUUGAGAAGUUUUUACCUGGGGAUAGGAAGACUGAUCCAAAUCAUCCCAUCACUUCGGCCAAAAAUGAUCGUUUGAUCCAACUGAUUAUUAAGGGGAUUUUGUACGAGUCAUGUGUUAAUUACUGUCAGGCUAAGGCCACGGGAUCCAAAGAGAGCGAACAGGUGGAGAUGAGUUUUUCGAGAUUACUGGACGGCUCAGUAGGUUUCAGUGAUUCCGAUCUGAGUCUUCUCUCGUGGCUCCAAAGUAUUCCACCAGAGACAUUCGCUGUACCGUUUGCCCAGCGAACACUCAAUGUCGAUGUUGAGAGACUGGAGAAACCCUCCUUGGAGACGUCGUGGACUGAACACAUGCUCAUAACACCGAUAAAACCAAAGACUUUUCCCCACAGUGCAAUGCCCUUUACGCGGCCUAGAUCAGCUGCGGACAUGAUGUCCAGGAGUUUGGUACCCGCGCUUGAGGGGCUCAGGCCGAGAAGUCCCGGUCCAAAAAAUGCCACUCUACCAUCGGCCGCCCUUAUGGCACUGUCCACUGGUGACAUAAAUCCCAUGUCCCGAUCGUCAUUCGCCAGUUUUCAUCUGACUGGAUUUAAGAAUAAUAAAUUAAUGAAUACAAGUGUUGAUAGACUCUUUGAGAAUGAGGGGGAUGUCUUCCUGAGCUCUAGUUACGCUGAGUUUCAACAAUUGCCAUCGAUACAGGAGGCUAUCGCCAAUGCUGCGCACUCCAAGUGCAGCUUUAACACAGCGCGAGGAAAAUCCAAAAGUCCUGAUGGCAAAGUUGAUCCCUCAGCAGCAUCAACACCAGAACGACGUGUCCCGGGUAGAGAAUCCCCUGCUCCUUCAACCGCAAGAAGUUCUAGGAGAGAUUCUCUCGCGGAAAAAACCGUGGGAGUUCCUCCGAAGACUCCAGAGUCCACUCUAAUGCCUAGUCGAGGCCCAGUGACAACUGGCGAGCAACAGCUCGAACAGAGUUACAACGGUGAUUUAUUCAAAGAGUACCAAAAGCAGAAGCAGAGACUCCAAGAAACAAUUCAACUGAAAGAGCGCGAGAGAGACGAACUAGUCCGACAAUUAUCUGCCCCAAUAUCUGCCCAAUUGGUGGAUAACAGAUUGCAAAACGAAACGCUCAAGUCAAAUUUACCGUGCAAAGGACCGUCGCCCGUGCACCCGGGGACACCCAACAGAUCGGGAAUACAAUCGCCGAAACCUGGACUCAAUGGCGUCGAUCCCAUGUCGAGACAGCAUGCGAGUGCGUACGAAUCGAGACUUCCAGAUGAUCAUUACGACGUAGUGAAUUCAGUCAAGCCUGAGCCGAAGCCAGAUGUAGAUGUAACGAAUGGCAGCAGCGGAAGUAAUGGAAGGCCUCGAUUCGUUCCUGUAACAGCUCUAGAGGAUGUUCAAGCAGUCAGGUGUGCAGAAUUCCAUCCACAUGGAAAAUUGUACGCCGUUGGAUCAAACUCCAAAACAUUGAGAAUAUGUGCCUACCCGAAACUCCAUGAUGUUCGAGAGGAUCAUGAGACUUAUCAACCGACUGUUCUCUUCAAGAGAACAAAACACCACAAGGGCUCGAUCUACUGUCUAGCUUGGACACCGGAUGGUCAACUCAUGGCCACCGGUAGCAACGAUAAAACUGUGAAACUCAUGCGUUUCAACGCCGAUACAUCCAAUCUCGAAGGUCAAGAGGUCGAGCUCACGAUGCACGAUGGUACUGUUCGUGAUUUGUGUUUCUUGGAGGACACGUCGAAUAAAUCGAGUUUGUUGAUAAGUGGUGGAGCUGGAGAUUGUAAAAUAUACGUCACGGAUUGUGCAACUGGAACGCCUUUUCAAGCACUCAGUGGUCACAGCGGUCAUGUACUGACCCUUUAUAAUUGGGGUGGAGCGAUGUUUGUAUCUGGAUCUCAGGACAAGACCGUGAGAUUCUGGGAUCUUCGCACCAGAGGAUGUGUUAAUAUGGUGACACCUGCAACUGUCCCCGGCAGUCGAGUGGGCAGUCCAGUAGCAGCAAUUUGUGUGGAUCCAUCAGGCAGACUUCUCGUUUCCGGUCAUGAAGACAGCAGUUGCGUAUUAUUCGAUAUUCGUGGGGGUCGAACUGUUCAAUGCUUCAAGCCUCAUGCUGCUGACAUCAGGAGCAUCAGAUUUUCACCAUCAGCUUACUAUCUGUUGACAGCAGGAUACGACAACAAACUCGUUCUCACUGAUCUUCAACGCGAUUUGACAAUGCCAUUGCCAAGUGUUGUCGUUGCCCAGCACCAGGACAAAGUUAUCUCUGGCCGAUGGCAUCCGACAGAAUUCUCUUUCCUCAGCACAUCAGCAGAUAAAACAGCUACGCUUUGGGCAUUACCUCCAGUUUAAAUUAUCUCACUGAAUUAGUUCAGUCCCAUUAAUUACCAAUCGUUAAAAAAAAAUCCCUUCGUAAUAUUAAAACGCGUUAAUACCUAAGUUAUUUCGAAAUUGUUAUGAAUACUGUCAAUUAUUAUCACGAAAAAUUCGCCCAUGCCUUUUUUUCUAUCGCGCAACGAAAGACUGGGUAGAUUGAUUUGUCGAUGCCUGUUAUAAAUCCGCAGAUCCAUUUAUUUAUCCCUCUAUUAUUUGUUCUCAUUUUCCCUCGAUUGCUGUUCCUAAUUUUAUUGAUUUUGUUACUCUCAGAAUAGUUGAAUACCCGUUGCGAUGUAAAUAAAUAUAGAGAGAUUAGAUCCCUUUAUUAGAUUUAGGAUGCGUCAUGUACAGUUGUAUUUAGUUCUUCAUACUAGGGGGACCUUCCACAUUUGGUCGGAGGAUUUAUUUUAUUUAUCAUCUCAAAGGAAUCAUCGGUAAUAGAAGAGAUCGAGAUCAUAUUUUGCGGUUUCUGAUAAUUAUUUCUUUGAGAGAAAUGAAGAGUAGUGAGUUUUUUUCGUAGAUUAGUACAUGGAAAAUCUGACGAGAAUCUGACGGUUGAUGAGACCAAACAGAAACGAUAAAGGGAAUAAAAAUUCAAUCCUUUACACUUUACUGUGAAAAGGAGAUAAUCUGUUUGCUUUAAAUAUUGCCUUGCGUCGUGGCUGCUUCUAUACUUUAUUACUCUUUUCUUCAUUAUAUAAUAAAUUAUAUACAAUCAGUUUGUACUUUGUCGAGCUAUAAUGACAUUAUAUUUAAUGGAAUAAUAAAUUAGAAGGAGAUUUUCAAGCUA